GGCCUCGACUCGCAGUUCCGGGGCGGCCGAGGAUCUCGCUGCUCUCUGGGCCCGGCGCGACCCUUCCUGCGGCCUCGGCCCCGGCCGCGGGAAGCCGAAGCGGCCCUCGGAGCCGCGCAUGGACUUUCUGCCGCUGCUGCUGCUCUACCUGUGCCUCGUGCUCGCCGUCGCCGUGCUGUACUGCAGCCACGCGGGGAGCGGGGGCGGCCGCCUGGGCAGGGCUGCCCGCACUGCCGGCCAGGUGCUGUCAUUAGUAAUCCCCACUCGGAUCCAGAGUGUGACACAGAAGGUGCUCCUCAGGCUCUUUCACACACGAAACUAUUUGUUUGUUGUCCUGCACAUAGCCUUGCAAGCAGCAGUUUAUGCCGAAUACACAUGGGAAGUGUUUGUUUACUGCUGGGAGUUGGAGUUCCACCUCGUGAUGCUGCUGCUGCCCUACCUGCUGCUGGCUGGGAACAUGGGCUGCUUCAUUCUCUGCUCCUGCGCCAACCCUGGUGUAAUAACAAAAUCAAAUCACGCAUCACUGAUGAAGACUUAUGCAUACGAUGGUGUAUUAUUUCAGAAAGGCACUGUGUGUGCUACGUGCAACAUGGAAAAGCCAGCCAGGUCAAAACAUUGCAGUUUUUGUGACAUCUGUGUGCAUCGUUUUGAUCACCACUGUGUGUGGGUCAACAACUGCAUCGGUGCCUUCAAUGCAAAGUAUUUCUUCCUCUACCUCUUCACACUGACUGUGAUGGCUGCAACCAUUGCAAGCAUCACCGCAGCGUUUCUCAUCCAAGUGGUGCUGCUGUCAAACAUGAUGCAUGGCAGUUACAUUGAUGACCAAGGACAGGAGCACGCUGUUGAGAUUCCCUUUCUCGUCCAGCACCUUUUCUUGACUUUUCCUAGGAUUGUCUUCAUGCUUGGUUUUGUUAUUCUUCUCACACUUAUACUGGGUGCAUACUGCUGUUUCAACCUAUACUUGGCCUUAACCAACCAAACUUUCAACGAAUGGUAUAAAUGCAGGAGAUACAGGCAUUCCCAUCAUCUAACAUUGCAGCCUUGUGACAGACAAGUUGUCUACAAAAACGUUUAUGCUAAAGGAGUCUGGAUGAAUUUAAAGGAAAUCUUUAAGUCUCCUGCAGUGCUGGAAAGAAAGAAGAAAAAAUGAAGAUAAUGCUCUUCAUUGUGGGUUUUUUUUUUUUUACUUUUUGUAAAAUGUGCUUUGAUACCACAGGGGACUUUGUUCAAAUAAGAAAAGAAACAACUUCAAUUAGUUGGAAACUCUUCAUGAAGGUGGUCAGUCUUCCAGAAAGCAAAAGCUGGAGCUCCUGCAAGUUUAUCUCUAACACUACUCAGAUCAGCUGUGAAAGCAACUUGUUUGUCUUCUCAGACACAACUGCAGUCCAGAAGCUUGCUGUACUCGAGUUAGGUUCAGCUAAGGUACAGUACAUAAUGAACUUAUAUAUAUAUAUGGUUACUGUUUGUAUGCUGCAAAAUAUAUGCCACAGUGUAAUUGGCAAUUGGAGUUCCUGAGUUACUUCAGUAUAUCUUAUGUACAUCUUCCUGCAGGAUACCUUAGAGGAACAUAACGAUGCCACACAUAUGGAAGCAGUAAACAUCUGAAUGCACUGAUUUGCCUAUUACUUACACUGUGUUUGCUCUGUAGAAAGAUAGUAAGUCACAGCUGACAGCAAUAUUCUAAUUAACAGUAGCUCAGCAGAACUCUAUUUAAGUUACUCAGUGAGGUGCUGGUAGUAAACUUGCUGGCAUGGAGAUGCCAGCGUGGACCAACAGAGAGCACAGUGAAUCUCUCUGUGCAGUAGCAAGGGAGGAGCUAACAAAGAGCUGUUGUGAGCUUUGAGGACGCUUCAUCUUUUUAUGAGAGCUGGCUCCUUGUCACACAGAGGGAGAAAGCAAAAUGCAUCAAUUGUUGCUUUUUGAUGGCCAGAGUUAAAAAUUGUUUCAGACAAAAUAAGCUAACCAGAAAUGGGAGAAGAAUAAACUGAAGUUGAAGGAAAGCCGAAGCAAGUGUGAGAGGUCAGAAAAUCUUGAACAGUCAGAAGUUGUUAGUCUCAGCCUUCUGGUUAAGUACUGCCAGCCUUCCCCACGUCCUCAUUUUCCUGCCUCUGUUAUGUGCAGGACAACAAGGCUGCUUGCUCGCUUCUUACCUCAAUGAUGUAUUCCUGAGUGUCUGCCACCACUGAAGAAAACUCUACCAAAACAGUAUGAGGAUCUUCAGAGAUGACUGUUGCAGCUAAAUUGUCAGCUGACUGGCUUUCCUCAGAUACCAUCACUUCCUCCACCUCUUUCAAAGCCAGAAGGCAGCCACCUGCAUGGAAUUCCAAAAAUGCCAUAAAAAGACAAUUUACAUAACCGACAUAAAUGUGAGAAUACCUGGCAAAUGCUAUGCAACACUAAGGGAAAAAAAAAAACCAACCUAAAAAAACCAAGAAGUCUGCAUCCCCUCUUUUGAUGCAACAGAGAUGCAGAUAACCAAAUGGCCUUAGAUGAAGAUCAUUACAAUCACUCUAAAUAUUUCACACCCUGAAAAAUCACCAUCGUUCUGCCAAAAAGCAACUCGUCCAAACCUGAUCCUGGAAGAAAGCACGCAUCUGCCCUUACUGCAACAGAGACAAACCUGGCCAUCUCACCUUUGGUCUUUAAGUGCCUGUUGAGAGUGCCAUGCUCCGCGAAGCCUCGCCCACACUUGUAACACUUGAAAGGCUUUUCCCCCGUGUGAUGGCGGAUGUGGCGGACCAGAGAGCCCUUCUCCCGAAAGCCCCGGCUGCAGUACUGACACACGUAAGGCUUGUCCUCCAAAUGCGUACGGAAGUGAACUUGCUGGGCGUUCUGUAGAGAGAGAAGUACCAAGAGCAGCUAAAGGGAAUGACUAAAUCAAGCAAGCACUAUUUCAGCUUCCAGUGUAAAAGUCAGCGUUUGAGGACUUCUCACCUAAGGCAUGAUAAAGAUGUUUGUAUUAUUAGUUUUCAUACAUGAAGGAACAGUUUACUCAGAACUAUGACUUAACAUUGCCCCUCUUGUCCCUACUGAUACAAAAGCGUCUUCUGCUCUUGUAAGAGGAGAGGAGCUGGCAUUUGUUUGUUCAGCAGUGAAGCCUCCUGGCUUAUCCCAAACCCAAGCUCUGGAAAGGAAACUCUCAGAGCAAACCUGACGCAAGGCAGACACACCUUGGUUUUGUACCGUUUGCCACACUUUGGACAGGAGUACGGUCGCUCAUCAGAAUGCACCCUUCGAUGCCCCUUGACGUGUGCAAUAGUCUUGUAGAGCUUGCCACACUCUCCACAGCGGAAACGCCGUUCGUUGACGUGCACCUCCUGAUGCUUUUUUAACAGGUAGCCCUUCGUGAACUCUUUGCCACAUUCCUCGCACUUAAAAGGCUUGUAAUCUGGAGAGAGAAAGCAUUAAUGACAGAAAUGCUUUAAAUUGGCCCCUUCACAAAACUACCUCUGCAGAUGCCAGGCAGGUCCUGAAACAUGGAGCCUUUUUGUUAAGCUCUAGAACAAAGCGUAAAAGAAUUACAAAACCAAUUGCUCUGCUCCUCUCAUGUUUUGUGUUAAGCAUCAACAGAAUUUGUAUGGCUGAAGUCUGUGUAAAGGCAAAGAAUGUGAAACAAUGAAAAUUACACUGUGUUCAAGAUCAUGGUAAGACAGGAUGCAUUGUAGACAACAGCUAUGCAUUGUAGCCUUACCUAAAUGUCCUUUGAUGUGCGUUUCAAGGGAAGCAGCUUCACUAAAAGCUUCAUUACAGUGAGGGCAAACGUAACUUUUGUACCCAUUUGUUCUUUCAGCAUCUGUCUAUUGGAAAGAAAAUGGUACAGUAUAUAUGUUUUUUACUGCACUGUACAGUAAGUUUUGGUAACUAAAUUCCCAAUUAAAUACUCCAGCUUUCACCCCCAUCCGCCCAGAAAAGAUUGAUAUUGUUAACAGGACUGUGCACCAACAUGCAUGAAAAACAUGCAGUAAAAACUGGCACAAAGGGACAGUGCAUGGAAGAUAACAUGCAGUGUAGUCAGGAUUACACUACUGUUCACAACCAAGUGCAGGCACAGAAGAUAUUAAGAAAUUAAUCUACGAAGUGCAAACAUACAGGCUCUGAUUGUUCUACUUCAGCAUGCUGUUCUCCACAUGGCUCCUCUUCUGCUUGCACCACUUCAUUUUUUAUUUCUUCUGUAGCAGCUACAGCAGCCUCAUCUGCCUUCUGCAUUUCUUCCACAGCAACUCUCUCUAUCACAAUGCCGGAAUUCCUCAUGGCCUGCCUCAGCAGAUUCUCACUGUUUGUUUCCCCCUCACAUGGCAGCUCCUUAGGAUGCGACUGCUAGAGGAAUAAAUAGUCCAAAACUUGGUACAACAAAGGCACAGGCUUUUUGUGAUAUUUGCUUGAAAAAUCAAAGAGAAUGAUCUUAAAUUGGGAAGGUGAGACCAAUCUGUACUCUGACAAUGGGAAUCAAGGAAUGAGCUUUUGCUUCUGUCAGAGUCUUGCAGCAGUGCAUGAUCAGUACAAAAACUGGAUUUUGCAUCAUCCAGUAAUGAACCCUAUGCAUCUCAAUGCAUGUUCCACACUCAGACAGGGUCAGAGCAGAGUUUGCCUUCUUUGCUUUCAGAUGAGAGAGGAGCUAAUUAUUCAUUUAUUUUUCACUGCACAGAUUUAUACUUAGCACAUAAGAAAAUUUCAUGAGGUAAAACCCUUCUAACUACUUCCUGCAUAAAAUACACGAUAGAUAUUCAAGAGAAAUGACACUCACAUCUUCGUCCAGAGAUUUUGAAUCUACAACAGGAAGCUCCUGCAUUUGGACAUGGACUUCAUGAAGAACGUUGCCUUUUGCAUCUGUCACUAGAUGAAUCACAGGUGAGGUCUCGAUGGAUUCACUCGCUAUUGAUGGAACAGUUUCUGAGUUUGAACUACAGGAUCCUUCAAGAAAAGCAGAAUGAAUCACCUGAUGUACUGCCCACCCCUCAUCGAUUUACUGUGCCCUACAAUAAAUGUGUGUUAGAAUAUAA